GUGUGGGAAGUGCUGAAAUUUCAGAACGUCACUGCACCGCCGUGUGUGCGUUGAGCAGCGCCGGGAGAUAUUUGCCGUCACUCGGUUAUGGGUAGUUGAGGAUCGAACGGGAAAACUGUCAACCGUAAUUAUAUAAGAAGCACUAAGAUACGCAAACGGAAAUAAGUUUGAUUUCUGACGUUAAGACAGAUAGAAACAGCCACAAGGAACGACUUACAUCGUUAGUCUACUAGGUCAGCUUCAGCUCACACGUUGGAGCUACAGUUAACGUUGGACUUUUACCAUCAUUUUUACUUGAUUAGCUGCUUUUAAGACAUCGGGGUUAUUCCCCUUAUAAACUGUUAAAUGAUUAUGGAGAGGAAGAGGACGGACUGCCCUGCUCUCCCAACGGGUUGGAAGAAAGAAGAAGUGAUCCGGAAGUCAGGGCUCAGCGCUGGCAAGAGCGAUGUGUAUUACUACAGCCCCUCGGGGAAGAAGUUCCGGAGCAAACCCCAGCUGUCCCGUUACCUAGGCAACGCGGUGGACCUAGGAUGCUUCGACUUCCGAACGGGCAAAAUGAUGCCCAGCAAGCUCCAGAAGAACAAGCAGAGGCUGCGCAACGAGAACCUCGGUCUCUCCAAGGGCAAACCGGACCUGAACACGGCGCUCCCCAUUCGACAGACGGCCUCCAUCUUCAAACAGCCCGUCACCAAAGUGGUCAACCAUCCGAGCAACAAGGUGAAGACGGACCUCCAGAGAGCGACGGAGCAGCCCAGACAGCUCUUCUGGGAGAAGCGGUUGAAAGGCCUGCAGUCGUCGGACGUCACGGAGGAGGUCCUUCGAACCAUGGAGCUGCCCAAAGGUUUACAAAGUCUGGGGCCGGACACCACGGACCGGACCCUCCUCUCCGCCAUCGCCAGCGCCCUCCACAUGAGCUCCGCCCCCAUCACGGGCCAGUCGUCCACGGCGGCCGAGAAGAACCCGGCCAUCUGGCUCAACACGUCGCAGCCUCUCUGCAAAGCCUUCCUCGUCACCGACGAGGACAUCCGGUAA